CCAACGAACCUCUCUCUCUCUCUCUCUCUUUCUCUCUCUCUCGCGGGCGAGGGAGGUGCCGCAGAGGAGCAAUUAUAUCUCUCGUUUUGUCAGAAGAAUUGUGCGAAUUCUCGCUGGCCCGAUCUCUUUAGGAUUGUGGAGACUCAAUCUUGUGCCGAAGGAUCGGACUCGGAAUAAUAGUAAAUCUUCGAGUGUUCGUUCAGGCUCUUUUUUAGCGUUCGACUCCUUAUUAAGAUCGUGGUUCUACCAAAAGGAUCCUCCGCGGUUUGAGAGGAUCCAAACCUCCGAAGGCAAUGUGGAUAUUCAAUAAUUUGAUUCCCAAGGAGCAGUCUGGUAUUGACGGCCGCACAUUUGACAUCGAGAAUUUAAAGAUCCAGGUUCGAAACGCCAUUGCUGAAGGCGGGUUCUCAAGUGUCUAUCUUGCUCGCGAUUGUUAUUCAGGAAAGCAAUAUGCUUUAAAACACAUCAUUUGCAAUGAUGGAGAGUCGAUGGAUCUCGUGAAGAAGGAGAUUGAGGUCAUGAAAUUGCUGAAGGGACAUCCUAAUGUGGUCACACUUUAUGCUCACAGUAUUCUGGAUUUUGGUCGUACUAAAGAAGCAUUCUUAGUCAUGGAGUACUGCGAGAAGUCAUUGGUCAGUGUCUUGGAGAGCAAGGGUGCUGGGUUCUUCGAGGAGAAGCAGAUCCUUUUGAUAUUUAGAGAUGUUUGUAAUGCAGUUUUUGCAAUGCAUAGCCAUUCACCACCAGUUGCACAUAGGGAUCUGAAAGCUGAAAAUGUUCUACUGGGACCUGAUGAGGCAUGGAAGUUAUGUGAUUUUGGUAGCACCUCAACCCAGCACAAGCGGUAUGAAAGGCCUGAAGAAAUGGGUAUUGAAGAGGACAACAUUAGGAAGCAUACCACACCAGCCUAUAGGGCUCCUGAGAUGUGGGACCUUUUCAGGAAGGAACUCAUAAAUGAGAAAGUUGAUAUUUGGGCUCUUGGUUGUCUUUUGUACAGAAUAUGUUACCUCAAAUCUGCUUUUGAUGGGGAGUCCAAGCUACAAGUUUUGAAUGUGAAUUACCGGAUUCCUGAUCUACCUAGAUAUAGUACUUCAGUUAAAGAUUUGAUCCGGGACAUGCUUCAGGCUGCUCCUGAUGCUCGACCAGACAUCAUGCAGGUGUGGCGUCGUGUUAAUGAACAGUUACCUAUAGAAUUGCAGAAACAUGCUCCUGAUAGACCAGCUUCUCUAACUGAAAAACUUCCUUAUAGUGAUGGCAAAGACAAUGGUAUUCCAACUCAGUCAAGGCGAACAAGUCUUACUCCAAGCAGGGCUCCACCCCCACCGCCAUCAUCUAAGGAACAAAUAUACAGUUCAUCAUCCACACAAGAUGCUCCAAAGUCUACUGGAAGUAGUAGUCAGUUUGGUUCUUUCUGGUCCACCUUGCAUGCUCAGGGGACAAAUGUUUCUGAUGAAAACGGUCCUAAGUUUGACAAGGAUCCCAAUAAUGACAAAAUAAGAGAAAGUAGCCGACAGAUUCGAGAAAGUAGUCAUCAUACUGUCAACGGGAUUAGUCCUCCAAAGGAAGUGCACCAAAGAGCUAGACAUAAGGUUACAAGUGCUCAUAGUAAUACAAACAAAAAAAUUGUUGAAGGUCCUUCAGAGGGAUAUGAGAUAAGAUUUUUCUCUGAGAAUACUGAUUGUAUUUCUGAUGCCUCCAGCACUUCCUCCUUAACUAGCAAUAAGGCAGGCAAAUCUGAGACUUUAGGAACUCCCAGUAGCGAGAUGUUUGGUUCUUUUACUGCAGAAUUUGACUGCAAUAAGUUGAACCUAGAGAAUGAAAGAUUGAAGAAAGAAGAACUGCAUGCAGAAGCAGAGAAGUUGAGGGAAGAGCUGAAACAGGUUGCAAAAGAGAAGGCAGAAAUAACAGCCAAAUAUGAAAAACUGAUGGCUAUCUGUCGGUCUCAAAGACAGGAGAUCCAGGAGCUAAAGCAAGUUGUUGCAUCUGGAGGUUCUGUAAAGAAAAAUUGUUCAAGUGAUACUGCAACGUCGCAGCUUCAAGCACCACAAAGCCAAAAGCCUUCUGGCAGUUGGCAGGCCAAUAGUCUGCAAAGAGAUAAGAUUGAGGGAUCAAUAUGGGAGCUUCAUGAAGGCAUGAUAGCACAGAGUUCAACCAUAGCAUCCACCGAGUCCACAUGGCAGGCCUUUUCCUGUCAGCAGGACAGUCAGUCUGCGCCAAAGCUUGAUUCUAAGAUCUCAGUUCAAAGAACUAGCAAAGACACGAGCAAAAAGCAAGCAGAAACAUGGGGAUUUGACGAGGACCAGUUUACAGCAACCCCCGGCCAGUCACAGAUGAAAACUUCAAAUCAAGGAAAUUCUGGUCGUUUUGGGAGCUCUACUGCUCCAAGAGAAAAUAGCAGUACUCGCCCUGCUGGUUGGGCUGGUUUUUAGGUUCUUUGUAGGGGUUGGCCAACUGAUGGGAUCUGUCUUCUUAUCAAUUGAACCUUUCUAAUUAAAUGGUGGAGCUGAAAGAAAGAGUCUGAUGCAGCCUUUGAUAUAUUACUUUCGGUCAGGUCAAGUUUCAUAUUUCAUUCAGAUAAAUAUUUUUGCCUUCCCAAGAUAUUGUAAUUACAGGGAAAGUUCGGCACAUCUUAGUGUUGGAAUCAUUGAGUUACCAGUAAAACAUGUAUCUCUUGUUUGAAGUUUACGUCCUGUAUGAUUUCACAGUCCGUUAUAAUCAUUUUAAAACAACGAUAAAGGUUUGUCUUAUUUAACAUGAGCUUCAUCCACGUGGCUACAA